AACAUUUGUAUAGCUAUCUAACACUUUGCUAAAAAAAAUAUAGAGUUCUAGCCAUGGCUUCAUCUUUCUCGGUUCCAUCAAUGAUUAUGGAAGAAGAGGGGCGAUUUGAAUCAGAAGUGGCAGAGGUGCAAGCCUGGUGGAACUCUGAGAGAUUCAAGCUCACGAAAAGACCAUAUUCUGCAAGGGAUGUCGUCGCGCUGCGCGGCAACCUUAGGCAAAACUAUGGAUCAAAUGAGAUGGCCAAGAAGCUCUGGAGGACUCUCAAAACUCACCAGGCCAAUGGCACAGCAUCAAGAACCUUUGGUGCUCUUGAUCCUGUUCAAGUCACCAUGAUGGCCAAGCAUCUGGACUCCAUCUAUGUCUCUGGCUGGCAAUGCUCAUCCACCCACACUACCUCAAAUGAACCAGGACCUGACCUUGCUGAUUAUCCCUAUGAUACCGUUCCUAACAAGGUUGAGCACCUUUUUUUCGCUCAACAAUACCAUGACAGGAAACAAAGGGAGGCCAGAAUGGGCAUGAGCCGUGAAGAGAGGGCUAGAACUCCAUAUAUUGAUUACUUGAAGCCCAUCAUUGCUGAUGGCGAUACUGGAUUUGGUGGUGCAACUGCAACUGUCAAGCUUUGCAAGCUUUUUGUGGAACGUGGAGCUGCUGGAGUCCAUAUUGAGGAUCAGUCCUCCGUUACCAAAAAAUGCGGUCACAUGGCUGGCAAAGUUCUUGUUGCAGUGAGUGAACACGUUAAUAGGCUGGUUGCUGCCAGGCUACAAUUUGAUAUCAUGGGUACAGAGACAGUUUUAGUUGCUCGUACCGAUGCGGAAGCCGCAACAUUAAUCCAAACCAAUGUUGAUACUAGAGAUCAUCAGUUCAUUUUGGGUGUUACUAAUCCACAACUCAAGGGGAAGAGUUUAGCCACUAUCCUAGGUGAAGCAAUGGCUGCUGGUAAAACAGGACCAGAGCUUCAAGCUAUUGAGGAUAACUGGCUAUCAAUGGCACGAUUGAAAACAUUUUCUGAUUGUGUAGUUGAUGGAAUCAAGAGGAUGAAUAUCAGUGAAGCUGAGAAGCAGAGGAGGUUGGACGAGUGGAUGUAUCAUUCAAGUUUCGAGAAAUGCUUGUCAAACGAGGAAGGAAGACUGAUUGCUGAAAGAAUGGGACUUAAUAUUUUCUGGGAUUGGGACCUGCCUAGAACCAGAGAGGGUUUCUACAGGUUUAAGGGAUCUGUGACGGCUGCUAUUGUUCGUGGCUGGGCUUUUGCUUCAUACGCUGAUCUAAUUUGGAUGGAGACUGCUGGCCCUGACUUGGUUGAAUGCACAAAAUUUGCUGAAGGAGUGAGGUCCAGGUGCCCUGAGAUCAUGUUGGCUUACAAUCUCUCACCUUCUUUCAACUGGGAUGCAUCAGGAAUGACUGAUGAGCAGAUGAGAGAUUUCAUUCCCAGAAUUGCCAAAUUGGGCUAUUGUUGGCAGUUCAUUACCGUGGCCGGUUUCCAUGCUGAUGCUCUUAUUGUUGACACAUUUGCUAAGGAUUUUGCAAGAAGAGGAAUGCUUGCAUAUGUGGAGAAAAUUCAAAGAGAGGAAAGGAACCAUGAGGUUGAUACACUAGCCCAUCAGAAAUGGUCUGGAGCAAAUUACUAUGACAGAGUCCUGAGGACUGUCCAGGGAGGCAUCACUUCCACUGCUGCUAUGGGCAAAGGAGUGACAGAAGAGCAGUUCAAAGAUACAUGGACUAGGCCAGGAGCAACAGACAUUGGUGAUGCUGCUAGCGUUGUCAUUGCAAAGUCAAGAUUGUGAGAGAAUUUCCGAGUAUAAUGAUGGGAAAGCUUGACAAUUAUGUGUUUCCAUUUCUUGAACUGUGCACAAUAAUAUGUGUUUUUAUGCUUUCAAUAAUUUCAUAGGUGAUUGGAUUAUCAUGGCCAACUUUUUUGGGUCCAAAUAUUGUUGGAUAGUCUCAUGCUUUAAGUGCAUCUGUUUGAGACUUGAAUCCAUUUGAUUGGAAUAUAUAUGUUACAACUUGUCAAGCUCA